AUUCUAUAAAAAAUGAGUUGGAAAGUAAAUGUGUUUAUAUAAUUAAGAUUAAAGAAUCCAUACCAAGAGUUAAAUUAACACAUUUAACUAAAACUAAUAUUAUUGAUGUAUGGUCUCAUAAUUUCAUGGCUGAAAUCACAGAAAUAGCAUCUCUUAUUGAAGAAUUUAAUGUCAUAUCAUUAGUAUUAUGAUAAGAAUCAUUUUAGGAUACAGAAUUUCCAGGAACAGAGUAUGAUCAACCAGAAAAUGAUGAUAAAGUGAGUUGAAUCUAGAUAUAAUAGGAUUAUGAAUAUUAAUAAUUAGUAAGAAAUGUUUAAAAAUAUAAACUCAUUCAACUUGGAAUUAGUAUAUCAAAUGAAGCUGGUGAAGUACCUUUGGUUAAAAAUACUUGGCAAUUUCAUUUUAAAUUUAAUGCAUAGUAUUUGAUCAUGUAAUAAUAUUUAGACAUGAUUAAUUAAUGAAUCCUGUGAAAAUUAUGUUAGAAUAAGCAGGAAUAAGAUUCGAUGAUUUAGCAUCUAAAGGAAUUGAUUAUGUAGAAUUCUGCGAAGUAGUAACUGGAAGUGGUAUUAAUAUGAUUAAAAAUAAGGAAUUAUUUUAAAUGAUGAAAUUAAAUAUGUUGUGUUUCAUGGAGAAUUUGAUUUUGGAUAUUUAUUACAUUUAUUUCAUCAUUCAGGAAUUCCUGAUACUUAAGAAGAAUUCUAUAAAAUGAUGAAAUUGUAUUUUCCAUCCAUUUAUGAUUUGAAAUAUAUUCUUAAAGAUAAUCAAAAAUAUAAAGAUGCUGGAUUAAGUAGAUUAGCAACAAAAGUUGAAGUUACUCGUAUUGGUCCUGAACAUUAAGCAGGAUCAGAUGCUCUACUAACAUUAUAAUGUUAUUAUCAAUUAAAAUUUUGUUUUCCAGAUUUGUAAAGUGAUUUUGAUAAAAAUAUGAAUAUCAUAUAUGGUAUUGGAAAAGGUUAUGUACCAAAUAAGUAUUUUUAAUUUUUAUAUUUUAGUCGACGUAAAACUUAUGCUUCAACUUCAUAGACUCCAGAUCCAAAUUUAUAAGUUAAUACUAUGGAUUAAUAAUAUUACUACAAUCAAAAUUUUUAAUAUGAUGAACUUCAAACUUCUUAUUAUCAAUAUGGAUAAUAAUAUGUGAAUUUCAACUAUUUCCAAUAUUAAAUGCAUGAACCUGAUUAAUCCAAAAGAAAAGGUUAUUGA